AAACCGUACUCCACGUAGUAGUACAAAUAACUGGCUUUAAGACCUCACCAUACUUGCUUUGAAAAAUUGUUUGUAUGAUGAUAUUCUCAAUAAUUUAAAAACCGUACUCCACGUAGUAGUACAAAUAACUGGCUUUAAGACCUCACCAUACUUGCUUUGAAAAACUGUUUGUAUGAUGAUAUUCUCAAUAAUUCUGAUGGUUGUUUGGAAUUAACAAAUUUAUUGUGAUCAAAGUGGUCGGCCAGUUAGCUGUAUAAUACCUAUUCCUUGGAGGCCGGACGUCGUGUAUAACCAGCAAGAGCUCUAUAUUUACACGCUACCCCAGAAGUAUUAUAUGCCAAAUUUUAGAAGAUGGCCUGUAAUACAUCUGCGGCUCCUGACGGACUCAACCAAUCCGAAUUGCUAUGCCCUCUUCCUCGAAACAUCACAAACUUAAAGGAUGUUGUGUAUUACCCGUGGACGUGUUAUUACACUUCGUCCAUCCUAAUUUUUUCCUUCCUUGGGUUAGUGGCGAUCGUCCAUCACUUUAUUGCAGCUCGUGCUGAAGCCGGAUGCAAUAUCAGCAAGAGACACUUCACUCGAGCCUUUACCCGACUAUGGCGGGAUGGAGAUAUUCGAGGAUUUUGCGUGUUUUGUUUGAGUAUGAGGUCGCUGGCCAUCAAUUUCUUCGUUCCAUACAUGUCAAUCAACAACGCAAUUCUAAACCAUGGAUGGUGCCGCACCCCUACACAGGAUAGCCUACAUUGGACGAAACGUGACCUUGCCGUGAACUGCUGCCUACUAAUUCUCCUGUUGAUCAAGCCAUUUGAAGUAACUUUGCAAGCUACAUUCCGUUUUCUCCGGAAAUGUCUGUGCUGCCACUACCACGUUGGACUAAUCGACACAUAUAAAAAUUUUAAAGAUCGAGACUAUCUAACAUCGAACCUCUGGCGUGCCUGCAAGGACUGGGAAUUCGUGGCUGCCUGUGCCAAUCUGCCGCUUAUUGGGUUGCAAAUUCGUGAAAUGUGCUACGGUGUCGAUUGCAACAAGCCAAUCACAUACUGGAACAUGUCGCUGACAAACUUGCAGUUUCUGCGGAUUUUCUGCGUUACAUGGCUGUGUGAUGAAAUAAUUCGAUUUUUUCCCAAAUUAAAAAUAGCCGUGGGAACUAUAAUGCGCAGAGUCACAUGGAUUGCAUGCUCGUUUCUGGCUUUUGCAGCGUGGAUACAUUUGGUGGAGGUCCUGGGCGAUCCGUGGGUUUCUACGUACAACGGCCAGAAGGAUCUGCCGUACUGGCGGCUAGUUGCCUUUCUCUAUGGAAAGCUAGUGCUGUUGGAUGUCACUUCAACACAGCUGAACACAGCUAUCUCCAAGAUAUCGGUUUAUCUUGCGCAAGCGCUUGCACUGGUGUUCCUUGUUCAAAUUAUACCGGAAAUGCUGAAGAAGCUUCCAAAAAUCCUUCAGAUGCGCUCCUUCAGCACUAUUUACUGGAAUAAAAGCGCUAAGUAUGUCCUAUUGCUUGGGUCUGUAAACCCGGACGCUGUGGCUCGGUUUGCCCAAAGCUUCUGCAAAACCAAUCCAAAAGAAAAAAUUCUUGUGCUGCUAGAUCCAGAGGCAUCCGAUGAGGCUACGGAAAAGAUGGAUACAGUUGCUGGAAGGUACAAACAUUUCCUCACGGUUAUCAGCGGAUCAGUUUUCCAGAACAAAGACUUCAAAAAAAACAUUUCGGCGAAAUGCCAGUGUGCUUUCUUCUUUGCGAACGAAAGCGCUCAGAACCAUAGAGACGAGGAUAACUGCAAUUUUCUUCGUGUUCACACACUGAAGCAGCACUAUCCUGAUCUGCGGGUGAUCGUGAAAGUGUUGGUAUUCGAAAAUAAGGAAAGAUUUCGGAACAUUCCUAACUGGCAUAAAGACAACUGGUGGAAAAAAACCAUAAGCAGUAAAAAUGGCAGGGAAUGUUGGGUUGAACUACAAGCCGAUCGCGUUAUUUGCACAGCAGAAAUUCAAUUUGCUCUUUUGGCACAACGCUGUCUCGCACCGGGAAUAUCUCAAGUCGUGCAUAACUGGUUUGACUUAUCAGACCAUUCCGAGAACGACACCAUCCGGACGAUUGUGUUACGCAGUCGCAUCGGUCUACAUUGGACAAGUGCUGGAUGUGCAGCGCAACCAGAUGAGGCCACUGCCAAUACCCGGCACAGGUCAUCACCGUGGCGGAGAUGUUUCCGCAAACAGGGCACACAGCGGCGGCAACAAAAUGGGGAUGCCGAAGCACAUCAACUUAAUGCACCGCUUUUGAACAACGGAAUGAACGAAAACUUGGUUCAUGGAUUUGAUCACGUGGAAGAUGCAAGGACAAAGUUUCAACUCCUCUGCCGAGCGACUCUGUUUGCUAUGCUGUCUGACGGUGAAUUGCAUUUACACCCCCCGGCAUAUCUUCACCUCCGAUCCGGCUCAAAAUUAUUCUUGAUAACAAAAACGAAACUCAAGAAACUGUAUGCAGUUUUGUGCCCUAAUUGCUGGGAGAUUUCUGGCAAACGUCAGAAGCUUGCAACAGUCCCCGAAUCGACCUCGACCAGCAAACUGGAGCUUGAGUUCCCAAUUGGAACUGAAGGGAAGGAGGCUAAUAAGGACACCGUUUGUGAUAUUACUGGACAAUAUAACGUGUACUUGCUACCCCGUACGGAAAUGGUAUCAAAACAACCACGCGGAAUGGAAGUGCUGAAACCUGUACCUGUUCAUCACGUAAUUGUCUGCGUUGUGUCAGACCGGGAUCCCUCUUCAGUCGGGUUGGUCAAUUUUAUUAAGCCACUACGUGCUGUUCAAGAGAUCGACCCACCCCUUAUUGUUGUCUUGGCCUCUAAAGAUUUCCUGGAGAAGGAAUGGGUGGCACUUGACGAUUUUCCCAAUAUUGAGUUUGUUGAGGGCGAUCCGCUUAAUCACGAUCAUCUUCGUUACAUCAGUAUCGAAACGUGCCGGAUGUGCGUCAUCGUAGAUGCCAGUGAGCGUCCGAAAGAGGAGUCGGAUAAGUGGCAACAGUCGAAUAUUGAUUUAAUUUGGCCAAUCCUUCCGAAGCAUUUCUAUCGGCAUGUGAAUGCUGUAUUAGCAACGGCGUCAGUAGCAGAAUAUCUGAAAGGAUUUCAUAAACCAAGCAAACUGAUCGAGGAGACUACGCAAGCUAUAUCGGCAUACGCCUGCAAAUACUGUGCUUCUGACGGCAAAGUACCAGAGGGGCGCAGAGAAACGAUCAAAAGGGCUCUCACUGAUUUCAUAGAGCUCAACCGUGGGCAAGUAGUAACGACUACAAAACGUAUAGCUGAAAAUUUGGAAACCAGUCUUAUAACCAACGAACCGCUAUCGCAAUACUUAAAAAGGCUAAGAGAAACCCACGGGAAUAACGAUUCUGAAGAUGCCACUAGACUUGUUUUCCAAAAGUUUCGCAACUUUUCCGAAGAAGCAUCGCACAACACUGCGAUAAAACUCGCCAUGAAUGACAUCUUAUUACAACUCGCCAUAAAUGACUUUUUAAUUCGGAGCGAAAAAUUUUUAUAUUCUGCGACACGCGACAUAACGGACCAGCUAACAGGAUUGUAUCACCCAACUUAUAAACCACCGGACAGAUUUGCCAUAGCAGUAAAUCAGCUGAUCAGCUAUACUUGGCCUCUAGCCCUUAUUUACAGAUUAGGCGUCCCUCUACAAAAGAUAGCAUUGGCGUUAACGGAAUUUCAGGAAGAAUGCUUAAACAUAUUGAAAGUAUCGUCAAAUAUUCUAAACAACAAGAUGCUAGUGUUUCGCAACUGGGCAGCAAUUGGGUCGAACAGCGGCAGUCCAGAAAUCAGUUUCACCUUAAGUGGCCCAGUGGCAAAUACGUCGCAAUCCAGUGAAUCAAACCAGGCGCACGACAUGAGCGGACUAUUUGCAAAUGGCACCACGAUAGCAACAACGCCGUCGUUAACAAUCGCUGAUGGCAAGGAGCUUCGCGACCGGGCUGCGCAAGCCAUCACUUCAAUAAUAGAAGGCUUCCGAGAAGUAAACGACAGAUUGUUCAACAAAGCUCGCCUUUGUCAGCCAUAUGGCCCACUAUCGACAUACGCGUCAGAUGCCAUAGAAAGAGUAUGGAAAAUCCAUUAUGGAGUAGAUGGUCCCCUUCCUCUCGAAAGCUUUAAUGAAUUACUGUUUCGCGCACUGGAAAGAUAUCAGCUAUCAGCGAAUGUGCGAACAGUCAUAAAAGAUGUUAUCGAGCGACUCUUUCAGAAAAAGGCAGAAUUGUCAGACAUUGCAGCAAAACGUGUUUUGUCUAUCUUACAAGCACUAUGCCCAUCAACUAUCGACUUGAACACACACGUCAACCUAAAGGACCUAAUAAAAACAAAUUUGAUUGCAUUUGGGGACCCUUACGACUCUCUGCCUAAGCCUAAGGAAACAGAAACAGCUGUAAAGGCACUUUUGGUUUCUCUGCGACAAGCCCGUGAUCCUGUGCCUGAAGAGAUUAUCACCUGCCUAAGAUUUACUACAGAUUACGAAGCUGUUGCUCUCAUAUCCUGGAAAGGUAAGGAAAUGGAAAACUGGACGCAGUCAUACGUGUCACCCGAUUGUGCUCCACCGCAGCUGAUUGACGGCCUUAUGUUAAAGUGCUACUACGAUAAAGACAUCUUGGACGCAGUCCGGCUUUUUCUGCUCGGAGGUUACAAAGACGGUUUCGGAAGUCCCGGCAACAAAAAAUCUCGUGGUUGCCAGUACGCGGGAAACCAAACAAUAGUUCGGAGGGCUUGUUAUUCGUCGAUCCGCAGUCCAAAUGGCACUGCCGCGGCAGGGUUCAAUAUACAGUGCCCUACUUUGUCCUCCUUCCACGAUAAGGCGCUGGAGCACGCUUUCGAAAAUAUACGCAAUCACAGCGACUCCAAAUUUAAUCUGAUACUACAAAGAGACGAUGAUUACGAUAGCUUUAUCCGGCGCAACAAGAAAUACGCGAUUAUUGGAAGGCAACCGACAACUUGGGCAAAUGGAACCUAUAUGAAAGACAACAAUGGAAUGCAACAGUCUGGGGAAAGAAGCAAUAGCGAGCUUCGUUAUGGCUUUGAGGAUUACAAUUAUUUCGUACUCGAGCAACCUUUUUUCGUUGAUGCGCGUACUCGACUCCUGCUUGCAAUAAAAAAGCGCUUGCAGGAGGAAAGCCCUCCAAACAAUGACGCAGAUCGAAAGGAUAUCCUUGACAUGUAUGCUCAGCUGGAGAUCCUUCCCAAACAGUUACUCCAAUUAAUGGAAAAUGGUAGCAGCACAAUGCCCGGCGCUAAUCGGCCUGAUUAUUAUCAGCGAUGGGUUAUAGUUUACUACUGGAUCAUGCUAAGACUUUCCCAAGAUGACAAGUUUAAAGAGAGAUAUGCGCGACUAUUGCCAUCGAACGCCGAAGCAAUUGCCGACGUUGUCUUGCAGCACAAUCACGUUGGAGUGGGUGCAGGAAGCGGAGUUAUCUGGAAACUGCCGAAGGUCAUCCACGAAUAUCUCUCGCUCGUAUUUGACAGAAUUGAAGCCCCGGCCAAUACUGCGUACUUCUACAAACAAAGCAAAGAUUUUGCAGGAAAAGUGCUUUGGCGCGAUAUAGCUCCAAUUGUUGACAAACUUUAGUUCGCCCCGACGUUGGAGCCAAUGUGCGAGCUCAAGACAGAAAGAAUGUGUUUUCAUGGCAGCAUGAGGGAAGGGUGAUGUUGCCAAACGAAGUCUGCGUGAACUGUCCAGAUUGCAAUUUAUAAAAAAAAGAUUCUAAGUUGCGUACUGUUCAACCAAAUAUCAUAAGAUAAUUCUAUCCUGCGCAGAAUCGCCCAAAGAGAUAUUUACCUACUGCUUUCCAAUUUAAAAUUAUUGCUUUACGCUACGCAGAAAAUUAUAAUCGACAGAUUCAUCGAUCCUGGGUAAAAACCUGAUGGGAGAUUCCGCCGUUUCUCGAAGAAGAACAAGGGAGUUGCGGACAACUAGUGUCCGCAACUCACUUGUUCUUCUUUCAACUCAACUCUCUCAACGUUCAACUCUCAAUACAAGUUAUACAACCACGCACAUUGUAGCGUAAUCCGUAAGUAAAAAUCUUUUUAAUUAGCGUUCUUCACAGACUCUGUGCAGGCUCCUUUGAACCUGAAGUUAAUUUGCUGCAUUGUUUUUCUUCCAGUGAUAACUGAUAAGCUGAUAUGUUCCGGUGGCGCAUCAUUAGGGAUAGUGCCAUAGUUUUCCAUUUUAUCUUUGACAGCUUGAUUUGUGCGGUACGGGUGCCAGGGGUUUUAUGCCGAAAAUAGGUGUGCCUGCAGCGCGAA